AUGUUUCAAAUGCCCAGGGAACAGCCGGCGAAGAGUAUUGCCACCACCCUUUCGCAAAUGACUCUGUACGUGCCCGACCUAGGUCGGCUAUUGCAAGACUGGCCAAGAGGAGCGAACCCAAACAUCGAAGCUGCGCGAGCUGAGGUUGAAAAGCUCCUUGAAAUGACCGUCGAAGCUCCAGAAAAACUGAUGAAGCUGAGGAAAUGUGACUUUGGACUACUGGCAGCGCUGUGUUAUCCUACCUGCCCACGGGCUGGGUCAUUAAUCGCUACCCAACUGCUCCUGUGGAUCUUUCUCUGGGACGACGAAAUUGAUAUGGGAGAAGGAUACACGUGCACCGCCAUCAAUCACGAGAAUGCUAAGGAUUACUGCAGCCGUUCCCUCCGCCACGUUGAGGAAGUGUUCGACCCAGGCAUGGCCCAUUCUAGCUCAGCCGGUCCUAAUGUUAUGAAGAUAUUCGAUCGCCUGAGCGAACAGCUACGCAUGAACAUGAGCAAUGACCAAACAAGGCGAUUUGCCAACACCAUCAAGACGUUUAUCGAGCAAGCGGCCGUCGAGCAAAUGGGGAACUCCGAUGUAGACCACCUGCCCAAUUUUGAUAACUAUAUGAACCUGCGCCUAGAUACUUCAGCUAUUGGUCCGGGCUUGGCAAUCUGCGAGUGGGUUGUCGUUAUAUCACGAUGUAUCCGCCUCUACUAA